GCCAUAGUUUGUGAGAUAACGUUACCCGUCCGCCGCUAGGGUUUGCUACAGAGAUUUCCUCCCGCUCCGAGCGUCUCAGCCCCCCGUCUGCCUUUCUUCAUGCAGUCAGGGAACCAGCGCUCGUGUUCAGACACGAAAAUGCAUACCACCCGGCAAGGAAAGUUUCACUGUAGCUCGUUUAAAAAUAACAGACUCUAAGUGAAUCCCUGGUGGUGCGCCGGUUAGGCUGAAAAGCACAAAAGCAUGACGGCCAGGAGAACCGGUUUCCAGCCGCUAUUCAGCUCCCGCAUCCCGGCGGAGAGGAAGGGAGCGGCUGAACGCGUUCAUAACCCGGAGUGCUGUGACUCUUCCCCGCAGGAGCCGGAGAAACCAGCCGCGACCCCUUCAGGGCUGCCCGCCGUGGGGGCUGUCGGGGGACCCGGGCCGGUGGUGGUGGACGAGUCAUCCGACAGCGAGGGAGAGCAGGAAGGGCCGCAGAAACUCAUCAGGAAAGUGUCAACCUCCGGGCAAAUACGAAGCAAGACGAGUGUGAAGGAAGGGCUGCUUCUGAAACAGACGAGCUCGUUCCAGCGUUGGAAAAAACGUUAUUUCAAAUUGCGGGGACGUACACUCUACUAUGCUAAGGACGCCAAGUCUCUUAUUUUCGACGAAGUGGAUCUUUCAGAUGCGAGUGUUGCUGAAUCAAGCACAAAGAAUGUCAACAACAGUUUCACGGUAAUUACACCGUUCCGAAGGCUUAUCCUGUGUGCCGAGAACAGGAAAGAAAUGGAGGACUGGAUCAGCUCGCUGAAAUCGGUUCAGUCCAGAGAGCAUUACGAGACGGCACAGUUUAAUGUGGAACAUUUCUCAGGGAUGCACAACUGGUAUGCCUGCUCCCACGCUCGCCCCACCUUCUGCAACGUCUGCCGGGACAGCCUCUCAGGGGUCACUUCUCAUGGCCUCUCCUGUGAAGUGUGUAAAUUCAAGGCCCACAAAAGAUGCGCAGUCAGGGCCACCAACAACUGCAAAUGGACAACGUUGGCCUCUAUCGGGAAGGAUAUCAUUGAGGAUGAGGACGGGAUUGCGAUGCCACAUCAAUGGCUGGAAGGCAACCUGCCCGUCAGUGCGAAGUGUGCCGUUUGUGACAAAACCUGUGGCAGCGUGCUGCGCUUGCAGGACUGGCGUUGUUUGUGGUGCAAAGCCAUGGUGCACACGGCAUGCAUGGAUAUCUACCCCCGCAAAUGUCCCCUUGGCCAGUGCAAAGUGUCCAUCAUCCCCCCUACCGCCCUCAACAGCAUUGACUCAGACGGUUUCUGGAAGGCAACCUGUCCCCCAUCAUGUGCUAGUCCACUCCUCGUGUUUGUCAACUCAAAAAGCGGAGACAACCAAGGGGUAAAAUUCCUGCGUCGCUUCAAACAGCUGCUCAAUCCCGCUCAGGUCUUUGACCUGGUCAACGGUGGACCUCAUUUAGGCCUUCGCUUGUUCCAAAAGUUCGACAAUUUCCGAAUACUCGUGUGUGGAGGAGAUGGAAGCGUUGGUUGGGUUCUGUCUGAAAUCGAUAAACUAAAUCUUCACAAACAGUGCCAGCUGGGCGUGCUGCCGCUGGGCACGGGGAAUGACCUGGCACGGGUGCUUGGUUGGGGGCCGUCGUGCGACGAUGACACGCAGCUCCCUCAGAUACUGGAGAAGCUGGAGAGAGCCAGCACGAAGAUGCUGGACAGGUGGAGUAUAAUGACGUAUGAGAUUAAAAUACCUCCCAAACACAGCUGCCCCGUCACACCAGAGGAGGCAGAGGAUGGCCAGUUACAGAUAUCUGCUUAUGAGGAUUCAGUGGCUGCUCAUCUCACAAAGAUCCUGAACUCAGAUCAGCACUCAGUGGUCAUAUCUUCAUCAAAGGUAUUGUGUGAGACGGUGAAGGAAUUUGUGGCCAAAGUUGGGAAGUGUUACGAGAGAAGCAGUGACAGCACUGUGGAAGCUGAUGCUCUGGCCCUCAAACAAUGUACGAUUCUGAACGAGAAGCUGGACUCGCUCCUGCAGACACUGAAUUUGGAGGCCCAGGCCAUGACGCCCUCAGCCCUCACCACACCACCCAUCGUGGAGGAGGAGGUGGAGGAGGAAGAGCUGGAUGAAGAGGAGGAUCUGAGUGAAGAGUCUAUAACGGAGCUGAAGGAGAAUGAGACGGAAAAGGGCUCUGCCCAUAAGCUCUUCAGACCCCGCGAGCAGCUUGUGCUGAGAGCCAACAGCCUGAAGAAAGCACUCAGACAGAUCAUCGAGCAGGCAGAGAGAAUGGUGGAUGAGCAGAACGCUCACACCGAGGAGCAGGAGCUGCAGUCUCCCAAUGACUUCAGGAAGGACAGCGAGGACGAAAACAAAGACGACGAGAAGGACGAGGACACUAAAGAACUGGAAUCUCUGCCCUUGGCUAAGUCACCAUGUUCGCCUCCAGAGAGGCGUAUCAGUCGCAGCACACAGUCCUGCGGCUCCUUUUCCAUCACUCCCUUCACCACAAGCAAGGAAAACCUGCCUGUUCUCAACACACGCAUCAUCUGUCCCGGUCUGCGGGCUGGUCUUGCUGCCUCCAUCGCUGGAAGCUCCAUUAUCAGUAAAAUGCUGCUUGCCAACAUAGAUCCAUUUGGUGCCACUCCCUUCAUCGAUCCAGACCUGGACUCAUUAGAGGGCUAUUUGGAGAAGUGUGUGAUGAAUAAUUACUUUGGGAUUGGCUUAGAUGCAAAGAUCUCACUGGAGUUCAACAACAAACGUGAGGAGCACCCAGAGAAAUGCAGAAGUCGUACCAAAAACAUGAUGUGGUAUGGAGUUCUGGGGACGAAAGAGCUUCUGCAGCGGACCUAUAAAAACUUGGAGCAGAAAGUUCAGCUUGAGUGUGACGGCCAGUACAUCCCACUCCCCAGCCUCCAGGGAAUCGCUGUGCUGAACAUCCCUAGCUACGCCGGGGGAACCAACUUCUGGGGCGGCACCAAAGAGGAUGACAUAUUUUGUGCCCCUUCAUUUGAUGAUAAAAUUUUGGAAGUGGUCGCUGUGUUCGGUAGUAUGCAGAUGGCGGUCUCAAGGGUGAUCAAACUGCAGCAUCACCGUAUUGCACAGUGUCGCACGGUGAAGAUCACCAUCCUGGGAGAUGAAGGAGUGCCUGUCCAGGUGGAUGGAGAGGCCUGGAUUCAACCUCCUGGAGUCAUCAAGAUUCAGCACAAGAACCGGGCCCAGAUGCUGACUAGAGACCGGGCAUUUGAAAACACAUUGAAGUCUUGGGAGGAUAAACUGAAAUACGACAAGCCUCCGCUGAGGCCUCACCUGUACCCUCAGCAUUCUGUGGAUCUGGCCACCGAGGAGGAGGCCGCGCUCAUCCAGAUGUGCGCUCGAGCCGCCGAGGAUCUCAUCACCAGGAUCUGUGAGGCUGCCAAAAACUACCAACUCCUCGAGCAGGAGCUGGCCCACGCCGUCAACGCCUCUUCACACGCCAUCAACAAAACACACCCCAAGUUCCCCGAGAGCCUGACAAGAAACACUGCCAUUGAGGUGGCGAGCACCGUGAAGGCUCUGCACAAUGAGACUGAGUCCCUGCUAGUAGGACGAGUGCCAUUGCAACUGGACCCUCCACAUGAAGAGCUGCUGUCUAAUGCCCUGCAGAGCGUCGAGCUUGAACUGGGCAAGCUGGCCGAGAUCCCAUGGCUAUACCACAUCUUACAGCCCAACGACGAGGAGGAUCCCUCCCUCGAGUACGGAAAAAGAAACAGUCGGAGUGGCAUGUUUCGCAUAGUGCCAAAGUUCAAGAAAGAGAAACUCCCCAAGAAGUCCAAUCCACCGUCAGUUCAGAGGUGGGGCACUGAGGAGGUUGCCGCCUGGCUGGAGCAGCUCAGCUUGGGGGAGUACAAAGACAUCUUCAUCCGCCACGACAUCCGCGGCUCCGAGCUCCUGCACCUGGAGAGGAGAGACCUCAAGGAUCUGGGGAUCUCGAAGGUGGGUCAUAUGAAGAGAAUUCUCCAGGGAACUAAGGACUUGGCCAAGAGUUCGAUGGUGGACCUGUGAGACGUCGGCACACAUUCCGUUCGGGAGCGAAGAGGAGUUGAAGCGGAGCUCCGGUGCGGGGGACGCUUUGCUGUCGUCGAUUUCAUGUAGGAAUAGCUUUUAGAAAAGCUAGGAAUGUUUGUUUUAGAAGCAAGUGCUGGUGCCAAAUCGACAAGGAUUGUGUCCGAGACUUGUGUUAGACCCAUAGAAAAGCCAUUCCUCAAUUAUUGCAUCAACGGCACAAUCAGGUAUGCAAUUCUCAUCGUGCACGCGACCUCUGGCCUCUUUAAAAGAUCCAAAUCAAGUAGCAGUACGGGACUUCCAAACUCACUGGCUCUUUGCCUUGCGGUAGAUGGUUUUCAACAAAAGGAGGGCGAUGUGAUGUGUCAGCAAUAUUCUGCUUUUGACAGCACUGUUUACAUUUUAAGGAGACGGGAAAAAGACUGACGGAGUAUCGCAAUCAAACGGCAAUCAUCGUAGUGAUGCGGUCCAGUCCAAGAAAGGUCAAAAGGGGUUUCCUUCGACAGUGACAUACUGAUGCAUGGUAUGCUUGCUAUAUAUUUGGAUAGCUAUUUUACUGCAUGAUCUGCGUCUUGUUUUUUUAUUGUACAAACUAACACUUGAACAAGUUUUAUAUGGAUUUAGUAUAAUGCCAUUUGUUACUACUGAAGCAUCCCUUUUGGUCCAAGUAGACUGCUGAUUUGUUUCUAUUUAACUGUCUGCAUGGAAACCUUGUGUCAAAAGCAGUGUCAUGUGCCAUAUUUAUUGGUAAGAAAUGUUUUAACUUUACAGUAGGACGUUAGGUAAGUCGACAUCGCGGUGAAUCAUGUACCAAAGUGAAUGUCCCCCGAAACGUAAAAUAUUCAACUUCGAAAAUAUCUGUAACAUCCACAGGACAUCUGUUUGUGGCUUAAACCGUGUAAUUAUACAUUAGUUGAAAUAGGACUUCUAUUGUUUUGAAUAAGAAACUUUUUUUGCAGUUGACCUGCAACAUUACAUAGUUGAUAUUUGCUGAGUUCAGGAACCCAGUGCAACUUCUAUAGGAUCAUCUACAUUUGGUUGGUGGCAUUACAGGGUAUAAGAGAUGUUUGUUAAUAUAUGCAGUGUAUAUACGUUUAAAAAGUCUUAAAGUAAAGCCUUUGUAUAAUAGAGCGCUUGCAUCAUAUUAUCAGAUGGCACAUUUAUUUGUGUAUAGAGCACCAUAACACCUUUGUGAAUUAUGACGUUAAGUAAUCGCCUUUUACACGUUAAGUGCUGUUGUACUCUAUGGAAGGUGCAAUAUUGUUUUAUUUUGAUACAUUUCUUCUCUAUUAAGCUUUACUAUGUGAGGUUUUUCCAUGGCAAACUAAAAAGAUAAACUUCACACACUCUUUUUUUUUUUUUUUUUUUUUUUUUUUUUGGUUUUGGAUUAAGGUGGAUUUCGGGUCAGAGAAAUUAUGCCAGGUUCUCUCCAAAAAUUCAUAAAUCUUCCAUUUAGCAAAUUGCUGAUCCUGUCUAUCCAUGCUUCCAAGAUAAUUUGCUAGGCGGCUGGAUGUUUCCUCAAACCGGCUAUAAAACUGUUGUGCCUCUAUUUUUUGUUUCGUUAAAUGGAAAAUUUUGAGCUUUGAGCUACACGUAGCUUUCCCAACCAACAGUGCACAUGGGACUCAUAACAGUGGAAUUUAGUUUAUAUUAUAUUAUAAUGUUUCUCUAGAGGGUGUUCGAUAACUUCAAAGUAGUAGUUGAUACUGUAUACAUACUGAGAGAAAGAGCGUCGGAAAAAGAUGUGGUGUUCCCUAGCAAGAAAUGCAAUUCUACCCACAAUUUACCUGAAGUGAGAAUUCAAACAAAUGUGGAGAACGAGCACAGGCCAGGAGGACUGGGUUUGGUCUGUCGGCCAAAACCGAGCAGGAUGUUUUUGAAAAGAAAAAUACACAUUUGAAAAGUUCAGUGAGAGUUUAGUCAUCAUAUCAAACGAUAGGACUAAAAAAUGAGACUCGAUUCAUGACAGCAUUCAUUAAUCAAUAAUUGAUUACAUUACUGGUUCUCAACAUUCAACAUGGCGCCAAACGUAGAGCUCAAUAGUUUAUUGGACACAAAUAACCCAAAAACAGUUCUUAAAAGUCAUUAAUAUGAUCAAAAACUGCAUACAAUAUAGAUAAUAUUGUAAAUGCACAAACAGUAGAAGUGAUUUUUACACUUUUUCUAGCUUGUGUGUUUGGUUUCUAAAUGUCAGUUGAGUUUUAUGCUCUCGGCAGCCAAUAAUUCACCACACAAAACACAUUGUGGUCGGCACAAACCAUGUUUAUUCUUGUUGUAAGUGAACCCGUAUUUAAUGUUGUUUGGCCUUGUCCAUAUUGGCAGCUGCGUAAUAUGUCUAGCUCUUGCCAAACGAAAAACGAACUUAAUACCAUAAAGUUUGAUAAUGGACGCGCAAAAUUAAAGAUGAGGAAAACAUUGUGUCUUCGCUUUUAACAGUUGAUGAGCCUAUUUCUAUAUUUGUCCUAACUUUACACGAUUAUAUAGUUAGCUGGUUCCCUGGUUCCCAUCAGGGUUGUCCUUUGGGUGGUGUAAACCCAGGGUACCCACCUUAUUUAUAUUAAGUGUUUUUAACUACUAUGUACUAACAUUUCAAUUAAUCCUUUGAUAUAAAGCACUUAUUGUGUACAUAAAUGAUUUUACAUUAU